ACCUGCCUAAAAGUGUAUCCAGCUAUACAAUGGCAUGGCGAGUGAAAGGGAUGACUUGUCUGUGGACAAGGAUCUGAGCUACGGCCGAUUGACUUUGGCUUUGCGGUGCUGUCGUCUUCGCUUCCUGGGUCCGGACUCGGCAAGGGAUUUGGAAUGGCUUCCUCUUUGGGGUAUUUCUUCUCGAUACGGAUGCUUCGAUGAGAACGAAAUUAUUGACAAUUGAUGGGUCCUUGAAGUGAUGUAUUGAUUAAUAUGCUCGGGCAUUGCCAAUAAAACUGUACAAUUCCUCGACACUGUCAUUGUAGUUGGCACAACAGUUCGGGCGCAAUCUGCGGUGGAAGAGCUGCUCCUCGAUCUCAAACCCCACCCCGAGGUAUCAAGCUGGGCAUUAGCCCCAGAGUGGACGCCUGCAAAUGCUCCCUGAAGUAUUCACGCGCAUACUACAGGAUGUGGAUGCCUUAGCUCAGUACACCCAAAUCGCGACCGUCGACCCCACUCCCUCAUUCCUCAUCUACGACCCAGCAUCGCGCAAGUCUCAUAACGAGAAAACAUCCCUGGCCCUGGAGAUUCUGGACAGCUAUCGCUCUGCUAUAUCGGCAUGUGCGAAGAAGAUUGCUGAUAUCGAAUCCGGGCUGGACGUGCGUCGUGCUCAGCUCCGAAACUCUCGGCAACCAAUUGACGCGGUGCCCCCCGAAAUCCUCCAGGCAAUCUUUUCUUAUGCCACAAACCCUGGAUACAGCAUAGGCGAUACAUCCUUUUCGACGCCGAUCUCACUGAGCCAGGUAAAUUCAAAAUGGCGGAGGGUGGCCCAAUCUUACCCUAGGCUGUGGACGGCUGUGAGAGGCACCCUAAGCUACCUGAGGUCCUAUCAGCCACACAUGCCGCACUCCAGGGGCCUCCCUCUGCAUCUUGAUAUAAGAGACGAGCAGCGGAUAGCGGGGCCGAAAGAGUUGUGGAUGAGUCGAGCCAAUGUCGCGAGUCGUGUUACCAGGCUCCAUCGUCGUCUACCAGGUCACCCCGACUCAAACUGGCCCGAUGCGCUCUGGAGGGCUUGGACCCGAACUGGUCUCCAAUCCCUCCGGAAGCUCGAGCUGUGUUCUCCUGUUACGGUUAGCAUUGACGCUGGAGAGAUUGCGAGGUUUUCAUCAGUCGGGUACUUGUCACUCGACAACAUAAACAUGUGUCCGCGUGAAGGCGAAGUCUUCCUUCCCAACGUGCAUACAUUCCGACUGGUGGGUGCGACAAUGACGAUCGGGACGUGGUGUUCGGUACUGGGCUUCUGUCCGAAUGUUCAAAGGCUUUUUCUUUCUCGUAUGGCUGUCUCGUUCAUCGCUGGAACCGCGCCACACAACAUCGUGCUUCCGAAAUUACGAAUCUUGAGCCUUGAGCCGUGGGAACCUCUGUUUCUGUUCUCGGCCCUUCUUCACAUCAACGCUCCGAACGUUCAACGAAUUAUACUCAACUUGGGAAAUGCAUUGGGUAAACAAGCCGACGAUGACUGGGAUUUCCAAGAUGUGAACAAUCCUAGACGCAACAAUUGGAAUGAAGGUUAUCGAGGGAUGAGGGUGUUUGUGAGUCCAGCCGACAGAAAGCGCGUGUGCAGAGCUUAACGACUUCCAUAGAUGCAGCGGACACUGGGUCUCCGGUCUGUCGCCUUGAAGGGACCCGUGAACCAAUUGCGGCACGGGCUCAGACUCCUUCGGCCAGCUCCGGGGCAAUCGGGCCCGUCACAUCUCCCUAAUUUGGGCGAUUUAACCUUGACUCUCUGCGACGAUAGAGGCUCAGGUCCGCCUAAUGCACUCAUCCCCACCCUCCUCGCAGAACUGGAAGCUAUUCUGCAGGAACGAGAGGCCACACUCUGCCCUCUUGAGCGAAUAACAGUAUCUCGCAACUUGGAAGACCAUAUCACAGAUCCUAUACGGAAGUGCGCAGAUCAACUGUGCGUUGUGCGAGAAGAUGGCCCCGAGGACUGGGAGCGACCUUGCUGCCCCGAAGCUUGGCCUCUCAGAUCAGGGGCGCGAUGAUGGGAUCGGAUAGGAUCAACAGG